CUCUCUCUCUCUCUCUCUCUCUCUCUCUCUUAUUUUUUUUUCCUUUCAUUCCCGAAGAACCCCAUUCCCGCUUCCUCCGGCGUCAGUCCUCGGUGGCGAUCACCUCCUCCGGCGACACUAUCUCGGCGGCUACCACCACAUAAUCUAUAUACUCACAAGCAAUCAUCCAGGCGUAUCUAAUCUGGCCUUCUCCCUCUCUCUGGAAAACUUGUCGCAGGCGUAUCCCCUAAUCACUAUCGGAUCUCCCAAAUUUCGCGUCAUUCCAGCAAGCCCUAGCUCGGAUCAUCGGAAUUUUGUAGCUGUAACCGAUUACAAUUGCUGCCAAUUCGAAUUGAGGAUCGAAAUCUACAUACCUUCCACAUACGUUUACGUCUACCCAUUGCGGAGCCGCGUAUGCGUAUGAAAAGAACCUGAUCGACUCACAUAAUUCAGGCUCAGGAUAGAGUUCCAGAAGAAAAAUGGUGAAAUUGACUAUGAUUUCUCGUGUUACUGAUGGCUUUCCAUUAGUGGAGGGGCUGGAUGAUGGCCGAGAUAUAGAGAAUGGGCAAGGAAAAGAGACACAAUUGCACAUGCUAUCUCUUAGAAACUCUUACAGUGUUGACAAGAAGCUCUUAGAAACACAGGAUCAUCAAACUGCAGCAGACAUAACAGUUUCAAUUCAGUUUGAGAUGGAAAGAAGCAUAGCAGAUGAGCUCUACUGUGAUCUAUUGAAUGUGUCCAAUAUUCAUUUAGAUCCCAGGUCAAAUGUUGAUGGUGCAGUACAUAAUUCACAUGAUAGUGAUGGGGAUGAACUAUGGUAUGAUGAUGGAGCUUUACCCUAUGAGACAGACAAAGUUGAAAAAGCAUUUGAUAUGGAAAGGGAGUGGCAGAGGAGGCGCGAGCAAUUUCAUACAAUUGGAUAUCGUGACGGUCUGGUAGCUGGAAAAGAAGCAUCUGCUCAAGAGGGAUUUAACAUAGGCUUUAAGGAAUCUGUAUUUGUUGGCCAAGCAUGGGGUCUUGUCAGAGGCGUUACCAGUGCUUGGGUUUGUCUUCCUGAUGGGGUAAAAGAGAGGUUGGUUGAGACAGAGGAGAAAAGAAACAAGUUGCGGCAGUUGCAUGAAUCAGUGCGUGGUAUUUCGGCAACAGAUGCACUUAGGUUGUUCCAUGAUCACCUUAAUAACAAUUUGAUGGAGCAUGGGGAGAAUGCAGAAACCAGUUCCAAUGCAGGAGAUUUGCAUGCCCAAUGUUCUGGUGCAAAUGUUAUUGAACAUUAUGUCCGGGAGUUUAACUUGCUUCUUGUUCAAUGUUCUGCAAUGGAUGUGCACCUAGAAUGACUUAAAAUUGUCAUGUAAUGCGUGGAAUAUGCUUAGGUGUAUGUGCAUCCAAAGGAAAUAUAUUUGGCGUCUUUUGGAUAGCGACGCAAAACUAGGCAUCUGUCGGAUAUAUCAUUUCUGUUUUGAAGGGUUUCUCAUCUGCCUAUAUUGAGCCUGGACGUUGAAGCAUUCCUUACAAGCCAGCUGCUUGAUUGACUCUGCUUGAUCUCAAUAGUUGAAUCGUGUUCUUCUUGGCAACCUUGAAACUCUGUGAACUUUGACAAUACCACUUUUGUAACCGGAGCUUUUAUGGUUAGUAUUGUUGUAUAGUAAAAUUUGUUUUUGGUA